AUGUUGUCUGGUUCCUUUUCACGGCCGGCUGCAACGCACGUGGAGGCGCUCGAUCAUCUCAGCACAAAACUCCGCAUUCCACUCACGGCGGUGGAGCCGACAAACGCGCAGCUCGACGACGGCCUCGUGCCGGGCGUCUGCCGCCUGUACCUCGAGGGCCGCUGCCGGCAGGGCGCGCGGUGUUUUCAGGUGCACGUGCAGCGCGAUGUGUUGGAGGCGCUGCGCCGCGAGGCCCUCGAGACGCCGUCGUGUUGCCACCGCCACGGGGCGCCGUGCAACUUCGAGGGGCUGCCGUUUAAUCUCGCGGUGAACAUCGGCCCCACCGCCGUUGGGCUCCACUCGCUCUGCCCGACCAACUGCCUGUGGGGGCUGUACAGCGAGCAUGGGGAGAAUGAGCUGAACGUGCCGAAGGGACGCGUCUGCAGGGAACACCGACGCGGUCUGUGCAGAUUCGGAGAGGAGUGCGGCUUCCUCCACAUUUGCAGGGAAAUACCGCUUGAGGGGGAUGAGUACAUCAGCGCGACGCCAGUACCCAUCCCACGUGUAAAUGGAAGAGGAGGAAUACACAACAACAACAGUGCCACCGCUAACACCAUGAAUAACGGCCGCAGCAGCCGCAACAGCAAUUGUGAUCUCACAGCCCCCUGUGGCAGCCACUCACUGCACCUCUGUGGAAGUCAUGCAGAGGAAAUUAACCACGCCGCACAAUCCUUCAAUGCGAACAGCUUUAAUGCGGCCAGUUAUAAUAACGGUCACUAUAAUGGCACUCUUAAUGCACACUACGGUGGUACAAACCAGAGCAGUUCCUUCUUGGGUGCGGACAGUGGAUGCGGCUCUAUGGGCAGUAUGGCACGUAGUCGUCAGUCUUUCAGUUACCGCAUGAAACAAAUGAGUAGUGAAGGAGAGGGGAUGUUCAGAGGACCAUUGCUACGUCCACUUGGUGCCCCACCGGCUCAAACCUCACCGCAUUAUCAACGGCACAAUCCUUACGGAGAUGCCUCCUCAUUCCAGUAA